AAAGUCACAGCAGAUGGAUGUAUCACUAGUCUCCACCUUGCUCCUGAAGGACAUUUCUAAAGCAGAAUCUGACAGAAUCUGACAGAAUCUGACAGAUAAUGUGACAGAAUCUUCUGAGACAUCUGUGGCAAUUGAACUAGUAUUAUGGUUACAGGAUCCCAAGAGUCAUCAUCAACUGUACAUGAUUUUAUCCAGAAGAGUAAAUUAAUCAGUGAAGGUUCACCUGCACGAUAUCGUCUCCUCACAACCAGAAGUGAUCUUUAUGAAGACGGUUCAGUGAGAAAAUGGACAUUUGGACAGAGAGACAUCAAUAUGCAAAACAAAAUUGUACUGAUGGUAGGAGAAACUGGAACAGGCAAAAGUACUCUGAUAAAUGCCAUGACUAAUUAUAUACUCGGGGUGAAGUUUACAGAUAAAGUGUGGUUUGAGAUCACAGAUGAGGGAGGAGAGAAUCAGUCAGACCAGUCAAAAAGUCAAACAACUAAAGUCACUGUGUAUGAGGUGUUUACCCAGUACAACCCAAUCUGUCUGACCAUCAUUGACACUCCAGGUUAUGGAGACACCAGGGGAACAGAAUAUGACAAACAGAUUGCUGAGAAUCUGUACAAACUGUUUCACAGUGAUAGUGGAGUGAAAGAAAUUGAUGCAGUGUGUCUGGUAGUGAAGGCAUCUGAUAAUCGAGUCUCUGACAGACAGCAAUACAUCUUUGAUGCAGUUUUGUCUUUAUUUGGUAAAGACAUAGAGAACAACAUUGUGAUGUUUAUCACUUACUCAGAUGGAAUUCCUCCAGACGAUGCUCUUAAUGCAAUCCAGAAAGCAGGGAUUCCCUGCAGGAAAAAUGAUGAUAAUGAACCUGAGCAUUUCUUAUUUAAUAAUCACCAAACUGAGAAAAGGAGCAAAAAGUAUAACAGAGCUCUCAAGACAGCUUGGGAACAAACAGAGGACAGUUUCAAUGAUUUCUUUGCCUCACUGAAAGAACAGAACAGAAAAAGCUUAAUGAAGACUGAAAGGGUUAUGAAAGAGUCCAUACGACUUGAAGCCUGUAUUUUAAAUCUACAAAACCGUAUUGAGUUUAUAGAGUGCAAAAGUGAAGAACUGACUCAGAUACAGAAAGCUCUCGAGGAAAACAGAGAAAAGAUCAAGAUCAAUGAAGACUUUACUUUUACAGUCACAAAGUAUUACAAAGAAAAAGUUCCCAUUGUAAAUGCUUCAUGGUGGGACAGAUAUGCGACCAGUUGCUCUGUCUGUAAGGAGAACUGCCAUGAAUAUAACUGCUGGUUUGCUCCUAAUGCCUGGUGGUGCUAUGUCAUGAAAAAUGACCACUGCACUGUAUGUACACGGAAAUGUCACUACAGUAAACAUGUCAAAGAGAACAAGAAAUAUGUUACAAAGAGCAACAAGACCAAAGUGAUUUAUGCUGAAAUUAAAAAGAAAUAUGAAGAUUGCAAUAAAUCAGAAUCAGACACCAAGUUUGAUUCAGAGGCCUUUAAAAAUAUCGAAGAAAAACUUGCAGGCAACAUGAAAGAGGAAGAAAAACACAUAAACAUAGAGGAGAAACUGAAGGAAGAAAUUAGUGAGAAAGAAAAGGAAAAAGCUGAGCUGUUAGAAGAAGCUUAUAACACCAUCAUGACCCUGUCUGAGAUUGCUUUAAAGACAGACUCUGCUUUCAUUGUUCAGUCUCUUGACUUCUUGAUCCCUCGAGCUGAUGAAACUGGAAGAGAAAAUCUUGCUCAGAGAUUAAGAGAGAUGAGGAAGAUUCAGCCUGAAGCAGAGGAAAGAGUUAAUGCUGCAAAGGGGUAUGGAAGAGCAGGUCUCACUAAAGUGAAAAAUCUUUUUAAGUGGUAAAUAAAAGAAUUCAGGAGACUAACUAUAGCCAUAGAACACGAUGUAAUACAGAUAUACAGAUAUCACAUUAAUGCAUAAUCUUACAUUCCAUAUUAUACAGAUAUUACAUUCCAUAUUAGGAGAAUGUUGGACAUGGAGCUGCCAGGCAGGAGGCAAAGAGGAAGGCCAAAGAGGAGGUAUAUGGAUGUAAUUAAUGAGGAUUUGAAGCUAGUGGGUGCAAGUGUUGAGGAUGCAGAAGAUAGGGAUAGGUGGAGAGAGAUGAUUCGCUGUGGCGACCCCUGAAGGGAAAAGCCGAAAGAAGAAGAUUAUACAGAUAUUACAUUACAUAUUAUACAGAUAUUACAUUACAUAUUAUACAGAUAUUACAUUACAUAUUAUACAGAUAUUACAUGACAUAUUAUACAGAUAUUACAUUACAUAUUAUACAGAUAUUACAUGACAUAUUAUACAGAUAUUACAUUACAUAUUAUACAGAUAUUACAUUACAUAUUAGGAAACAUGAACAUGUCUACAUCAAAUGUGCAUUUAUCGUUAAAUUAAUCAACUGCAUUGUGUUUAUUCAGUAAUGCUAAUGUUCAAGAUUUAACAUUGUACUUUGUUGAUAAGCCAUUAUGAUGGAGUUUAAACAGUGGAACAUAUACACAUGUAAAUCUGCACUGUUUAUGGAUAGAUAUCCAUUUCUUUUAAAUUCAUAUAAUUCAUGUAAUCUGUUAAUCUGACUUCAUCAUUAAAUAUCUGAUAACUGCA